GUUUCCCGUUGCUGGUUGGCUGGCCCCCUCGAUGGGCUUCUUCAGAACUCCGAGACACACAAUAUUGGGUUACAGUGUAGCAAAAUGGCGACUGUCAUUCACAAUCCCCUCAAAGCCCUGGGUGAUCAGUUCUACAAGGAGGCUAUUGAGCACUGCCGCAGUUACAAUGCCCGUCUGUGUGCAGAGCGCAGCGUGCGGCUGCCCUUCCUCGACUCCCAGACCGGGGUGGCACAGAACAACUGCUACAUCUGGAUGGAGAAACGUCACCGGGGACCAGGGCUGGCGUCUGGACAGAUGUACACGUAUCCAGCUCGCUGCUGGAGGAAGAAGAGACGAUUGCACCCACCUGAAGACCCCCAGCUCCGCCUCUGUGAGCUCAGACUGGAGGGAGAGCUGCCUCAGAGGAAGGAGGGCCAGCCGGCUGAGGGGACCACACUGGAGGCCCUGCUGAGGGGAGAGGGGCUGGACAAGAAGAACAACUCCAAGGACGAGGAGAGCCUGCUAGAGAUCCAGAGAGUUCUGGAGGCUGACGAGAACGGAGAUGGUUACCAUGACGACGACGAUUUUGAAGUUGACACUCCAAAGCGAAAACACAGGACCAAAGGACGAGGCCGUGGCUCAGGCAGGAGAAGGGCUGAGGCUGCAGUCAUGGAGGACCAGGACAAGCCCUACGUGUGUGACAUCUGCGGGAAGCGCUACAAGAACCGCCCGGGUCUCAGCUACCACUACGCCCACACCCACCUGGCAGACGAGGAGGGGGAGGUGGAGAGAGACGAGGAGCCAGCGCGCUCCCCGCCAGCCCCUAAGCGCACUGACAACCACAAACCUCAGAAGGGCCCAGACGGGACCAUCAUUCCCAAUAACUACUGUGAUUUCUGCCUGGGGGAUUCCGGCUCCAACAGGAAGACUGGCCACGCGGAGCAGCUUGUCUCCUGCUCUGAUUGCGGCCGAUCCGGAUCCAGCCAGCUCCAGGUUCCAGCCCCCUUGCCACAAGACGGAGGUGCAGCCCCCCUCUCUCUCCCCCCCCCCCCCCCCCACCUGGACCAGGACCCCAGGGAGGAAGACAGCCGUCCAGCCAGCCCCAAAAUUCACAUAGCAGGCGGACCUGCCCAUUGGACUGCUUCAAUAGUGCAAUACAGCCAUAGGCACCACUGAGGUUUCAGGAGGACAAAACCAGUUGAACUGGGAAAUUCAAAAUCUGGAAUAAUAAUAAUAAUAAUAAUAAUAAUAAUAAUAAUAAUAAUAAUAAUAAUAGAAGAAAGAAGUUGCAAUUUAUAUUUUGGGUAUUUAAUUUACAUUUUAGAAAAUGUGCUGCUUAGGGCAAAUAGCUUGUUUUUAUUUUUUGUUUUUGAUUUAUGUUGGUGGUGUACAUUUUCUGUUUUUUUUUUUUUGUUUUUGUUUUUUUUUUUAAAGGGAAAAUAAAUUAAUUUAAAAAAGAUAUACUUUGUAAGUUUAAUAAAGGACUGUGCCUAGGGUCAGACAUGAAGGAGGGUUCAGCCCACUUGUUGUUUUGUUGAUACCUGUACAAGGUUGAAUACUGAUUCAGUUUAUUUGGCCUGUGUUCAUCUACCUGAAGCAAACAAUGCAGCAGCAACUUGGUAUACAGAACAAGUGAUGGUGUAAAUCCUUUAAAAAAAACAGGACACAUUUGGAAGUUGAGGCAGAUUCAGGACAGAGGGUAGGAGACACUGGGUGUCUGGAAUGGGUUGCUAAGCCAUAGCCGUACUGCUGAUUCACUGGGAUGUGUCUGGAUGCAGUCCUGGGAUCAGUUAGCUGUUAGGAUCCUGGAAUGGGCGUCCGGUGCCCCCUCUUGUUCACUUUUCAAAAGCUACUAGUGAUAAAGCGGCUGUGGGAACUGGCAUGUUGGAAUGGUUUGAGAUCGCUCACUAUACUAUCUUGGAGUGUGGACUCCACUCCCUAUUGAUAAGAGUGAAUGGUGUCUUAAUGGUUACAUUAAGAGGACUGGGUGUGUGCUGAUUAUCCACGAAUGGGACAUGAAGCUUUCACAGGUGUGAGUGGCUAGUCCGUCACGUAGGCAAGAAGGGAAAAGAGAAGAUAAAAGAAAGAAGUAGUUUCUGUCAGUAUUUCUACAUUUUACAGUGUUGUUUAAUAGUUUUGUGUAAAUGCUGAACGUUGGGGAUCCUUCCUUACCGACCUCUGUUAUGGCUACAGAAUGCAGGGUGUAGUAUUUGUGCACACUAGUAUAGGACAGUUUUUUGAAAUUAAUUAUAAUUCACAUUUCGCCAAAAAAAGAGAAAAAAAUCAAGAUCCAUUUUAUCCAAGUAUUAAUUUCUGAUUCAUCCAUCUGACAAGGUUUAUUCAGAGCAAAAUAUUACACUGCAAGGAUCAUUUUCCAACACUGAGGAAUCAACCACCUCUCCCUGGUUCUUCCCUUUUUAUGCAGCCGUAUUUCCAUAUAAUUUAAAAAAAAAAUUUGGUUUAUCUAAUUUCAUUAUGCAUUCUGCAUGCAAUUAAAGUUCAGGAGCCUGGCCCAGUCUCCAAAGCAAAUGCGAGAACUGCAAAUCAUGAAUGGCCAUUUAUAUAUAUAUAUAUAUAUAU